AUGCCCCGUUCUUCUCGCACAGGUGAAUUGAUAUACGACGCGGAGGUUGAGAAGGCAGCGCGUAAGCGGAGGCAAGAGACCAAGAGACGAAAAGAAGGGCACUUAUUUAUUGCAAACGAGCCAGUAGAAGACGAAAUAAGCAUGGCCAACACCCAAACAUUGAGGGAGUUGGCUGCCCCGGAGCUGACUCACCAGUCCUUAUGCAUCACAUUCCCCGCCUUGGCUGAGAAUACUGCUUUCGAACUGAAGUCGGGGUUGAUUCAACUCUUACCUUAUUUCCAUGGUCUCUCUGGCGAAGAACCCCACAAGCACGUAAAGGAGUUCGAGGUGGUUUGCUCUAGUAUGAAACCUCCUGGGGUCACUGAAGAGCAAAUUAGACUGAGAGCCUUUCCGUUCUCUCUCAAGGAUGCAGCUAAAGAUUGGCUGUACUACCUACCAGCAGGUAGUAUUACCACAUGGGCACAGUUGAAAAAGAAAUUUUUGGAAAAAUUCUUCCCUACAUCCCGGGCUGCGAGUUUGAGGAAGGAGAUCUGCGGCAUUAAACAAUAUCCCGAUGAGUCCUUGUAUGAAUACUGGGAAAGGUUUAACAAGUUGUGCACUAGAUGCCCGCAGCAUCAAAUUAGUGAGCAACUGUUAAUCCAAUACUUCUAUGAAGGGCUCCAAUCAACAGAUAGGAGUAUCAUUGAUGCUGCGAGUGGUGGGGCACUUGCAAACAAGACACCGAGGGAAGCGUGGGAGCUCAUCGAAACCAUGGCAGAGAACUCCCAGCAAUUUGGCUUACGUGAGAGCAACCCUCCCCGUAGAGUCAACGAGGUGGAGACGUCAUCCCUCCAGCAGCAGAUAUCGGAGCUAACAUCCGUUGUUCGACAAUUAGUGGUGGGAAAUGUGCCCCAAGUAAAGGCCUGUGGAAUCUGCACAAAUAUGGGCCACCAUACUGACUUAUGCCCUAUAUUGCAAGAGGAAGGGGCUGAGCAAGUGAACAUGGCUGGAGGCGUGCCCGCGCCUCGGAGGCAAUACGAUCCAUACUCCAACACGUACAAUCCGGGUUGGAGAGAUCACCCCAAUUUCAGCUAUGGAAAUAGGCCACAAAAUGCAUUCUCCAAUCGUCCACCAGGAUUUCAGCAACCAUGGCAACCGAAACCGCAACUCUCAUCCUCCAACACAGGGAGUUCCUUGGAGGAUAUUGUCAAGAGCCUAGCCACGACUACCGCCCAGCUCCAGCAAGAGACCAGGUCAUUGACCACAAAUAUGGCUCAACUCCAGCAAGAAACUAGAGCUUUAACCAUGAGCACCAAUCAGUUCCAGCAGGACACAAAAUCAGGUAUGAAGGAUAUGGAGGCUCGAAUAAGCCAUAUGGCAAUUGCUAUCAACCGUUUGGAGUCCCACGUUUAUGGGAAACUGCCAUCGCAAUCCGAGGUAAAUCCCAGGAAUGUACCCAAAUACGCAAAUUUCUUGAAAGACUUGUGCGUUAACAAAAGAAAGCUAAGGGGUGAUGAAAGAGUGAUGGUAGGAGAGAAUGUAUCAGCUGUGCUUCAAAGGAAACUCCCACCCAAAUGCGGAGAUCCGGGUAUGUUUGCUAUCCCCUGUAAGAUUGGUCAUUCUGGUGUCAAAAAUGCCAUGAUAGAUUUAGGGGCUUCUAUUAACGUGAUGCCUAAGUCAAUCUAUGAUUCCCUAAAUUUAGGACCUUUAAAAGAAAUGGGGAUAAUAAUUCAAUUAGCUGAUCGCACAUGUGCUUAUCCGGAUGGGAUAGUUGAGGAUGUUUUAGUGCAAGAAAUUGGCAGCUAG